CCUUCAAAUAAAUAUUUCCUUAUCACAUUGACCCAACCCUAAUUUUAAAACGAAAGGACAUAAACCAAAACGAAAGUAAAUGUUCCUCUGCCGCCAUUUUACGAACAUGAUCGUCCGUCAGCAGCACCAAAUGAUGUCUACGACCAUUUAUACAGUAGGCCUGGACAUCGUUAUUUUGUUUGUUUGUUAUUAAUUGUCUAUAAAGAUGUACAUGCUUAAGUUUCUUUUACUGUCAGUACCGCUGAUGAUCGCUGAUGGGUUUACAGUAAAGGGUUCUUCAGGUCCUCUGGUUGUUCCUCUGGGAGGUUCAGUGGUUCUGCCCUGUUCUGUUGAUUCACUCUUACCACUAAAAGAUCUGGAGGUGGAAUGGAGAAGAUCAGACUCACAGACUCUCAUUCAUCUGUAUCAAGAUGAAGAUAUCAGACCAGAGGCUCAACAUCAGGAUUAUCAUGAUAGAGCUCAUUUCUUCACUGAAGACAUUAAACAUGGAAACUUCUCACUACUGUUGAACAAUCUGACAGCUGAAGAUGAGGGACAAUACACAUGUAAAGUUUACUCUGGACAAGAGUCUGGAGAAACUGUGUUGGAAAUUAAACAUGUUGAGCGUUUGAUAGUAUCUGGAUCAAGUCAGUCAAUAUCUGCAUCUGCGGGUGAGGACGUAACUCUAAGCUGCUCCAUGGACUCUCACAUCAAACAUGAGGAGAUUAAAAAGGUUUCAUGGAAGAAAAGAGAUAAAGAUGAAGACAUCCUGGUUCUCCUCUAUGAAAACAAUAAAAAUCUAUCAGGAUCAUCAGAUGAGCGAUACAGAGACAGAGUUGAGUUCUUCACUGAUGAAAUCCACAGAGGAAACUUCUCUCUCAGACUGAAGAGAGUCAGAACUGAAGAUAAAGGAGUUUACAUCUGUCAAGUGUUUGCUGGAAGACUUUCAGCCAACACAACUGUAGUCCUGGAAAGACUAGAUUUUUCAGCUAAACACAUCAUGGUGUUGAUCCUCUGUGUUUUUGCAUGUGUAUCUGCUCUUCUGUUAUGCCCUCUCAUCUACUCCACAUCAGAAAACACAACAAAACCUGUCAAGACUCUUGGAUAUUUUCAUGUGUUUCUUCCAAAUUUUAUGAUGUUUGUGGCUUUUAUCCUGUGGGGUGUGACAGAAGGAUUUCUGUAUGAGACCAUCUUCUGCUGUGCUCUUUGUCUUCUGAAGCCUCUGAUAGUGAUUUAUGUUGCACCCUAUUUAGAGGACAUUUCAGGUGCAACUGUAAUAACUGAAUUUGCCACUUUUUCAAUCGUUUAUUUUUCAGUUCUUUUUAGUCGUGCUUGGGAAACAGUUGUGCAUUCUGCAGUGUUUGACAAAGCUGUUGUGAUUAUCAUGUUUGGACUGGUCCUUCUGCUCUGUCUCAUCUCUUUAAUAUCAUGGUGUGAAGAGGAUGUCUGUGGAUUGGAUGCCAGUGAAGUAGUUGCAAUGAGCUUUUUUUUUCUGCCUUCACUACAAUUCACCCUCUUUUUCUUUGCUUUUGGAGCUGUUGGCGGAGCAGGCUUUUUUGUCAGUGUAUUUUUCCCAAUGUUGUUUUUUCUGACAUGUUCCUGUUUGUAUGACAUAAAGAAGGGAAAGAAAACCUGUGUGAAUUUGCUCAAUAUUACUUCAUGGAUGAUCUUCAUGUUUAUAUUUAAUGCAGUAAUGGUAUAUUUCUGUGUUGCAUCACUGAAAAAUGAAAAAGAUGCUGCUGGAUGGAUCUGCACUACUGUAUUUCUACAAGUGCUGUGGAUGAUCACAAUGUACAUAAGCAGAGUUGGUGUUCUGGAUGUUCCCUUAAAAAAGAUUUUCUAUGUGUUUGGAUCAGUCGGUGUUGUUUUAUUCAACGCUUUUGCUCUGAUUACUGAACUGAUACUGAAAACAAUUAAUGGUGAUCGUGCUGUUGGGGAUUUGAGAAUUGUUGUUUGUUCAUCUGAAAGCCUCUUUACAUUAACUUUGCUGAUUUUCAUCAUGUUUGAACCCUGGUUCGAAAACUGCCUAAAGUGUCAACAGAAUGCUGAUACCCCGGCUGACACACAGCAGCAGAACCAGGACCCUAAGAUGCUUCUAAUGCAGCAGACUUUGAAAUGGAGCGUUUAACAACUGCAUCUGAUCCUAAGACCUGAAGAUCAUCGAGACCUGAUUUUGUGUCUUACAAACCACAUAUUCUACACUGUCAAAAAUAAAGGUACAAAGCUGUCACUGGGGCAGUACCCUUUAAAAAAGGUCCUAAUAUGUACCAUUUAGGUACAAAUAUGUACUUUUAAAGGUACAUAUUGGCAGUUCAAAGUACUAAUAUCAUAUGCACUCUUUGGGUACAAAGUUGUACCUUUUUGAAAGGGUACUGCCCCAGUGACAACUUUUGUACCUUUUUUUCUGAGAGUGUAUGCAAACAAUUUAGGAAAUUUUGAUUAAUUUAUUUCUUAUUUGUAACAAAAUGGUUGUGUAUUGUGCACUGAAACCAUUUACAGAUACAGUAGAUAUGUUGUACUGUAUGGCAAUUCUUCAAUGAGCCAAAGAGGGCGCACGUCACUCCUCUCUUUGUCAAGUUACACUGGCUUCCUAUAGCAGCUCGCAUCAAAUUUAAAGCUCUGCACCUGGCUUUUAAAACCACCAAUGGGUCAGCACCCCCUUACUUUUGCCUGCUUAUACAGCCUUAUGUACCCUCUUGAUCCCUGCGCUCACCGAGCGACGGAUGUGGUGCCUUUUCUAAAAGGGAGACAUUAUCUUGUACCUUCUCAGGAGCUGUUUCACAACUGUGGAAUGAUCUGCCGUUCACGACACGAUCUGCUGACUCUGUAGCUGUCUUUAAGAAUCAGCUAAAAUCUCUUAUGGCAACACCUCACUUCCUAAAAUAGAGCUUACUAUCUUUCUCUUUUCCAUUUUUCUUGAUCUCUAUCUGUACAUUUACACACACACAAAAAUUAACCCUUGUCUAUAUUGUGUUGGACUUGAUGAGACUAUUUCCAGUGCACUUAUGUAUUGCUGUUGUUGUGUUGCUAUAAUUGCUUUUAUUGUGUACAUCAUUUGUAAGUAAGUCGCUUUGGACAAAAGCGUCUGCUAAAUGACUAAAUGUAACGUUUAUUCAUUUGUUUUUGUUGUACAGUUUUAGAGUUUCCCAGGUAUCAUUUUUAAAUGUUGUAUGUCCUCAGUGACAAAGUAAACACUUUUGCAACACAUUAAAAACAGUGUUGGGAGUAACGUGUUAUUUGUAAUUCCACUAAUUUUAUCAGUAACAAGCAUGUAACGAAGUAUUUUAAGUCUCGCAGUUACAAUUAUUGAAAUUUAAAUAAGUAUGUUACUCUCUUUACUCUAUUUUGUAAAAAAUUAACACUUGCAAACAAGACAUUUCUGAUCUAACAUCGCAGGACCGUGGUGGGCGGCGCAAUUAAUCAUUAAACUUCAUCAUGGCCGACAGUGCGUAUAGAAUGAACAACCUAUCAGUUAAACUAUAGUGAUGUAAAAUGAUGUACAUGAUGUAUUUACUGUAUGUAUUUUGUUUUGGGAUAAUUUGUAGUAACCACAAAUUGAGCAUGAUCUUGCUAUAGUAAUCAUAGUUUAACAAUCAAAUCAAUCCACCAAAAACAUGCUUACUGCCUUUUAAUUAUAAUAAAACCAUAAUUUCCUAA